UUAGCCCUUAGGAAGUCUCCAUUUGCCCCCAAUAGUAUAGCUGAAGGAGCCUCUGGAAUGACAGGAUUCUGAGGGCAGGGGCAGCAGUACAUUCAAUAAAGAGAGCCAGCUGACCAGCUGCAGUCUCUGCAGUCCUGAGUCCACCUCUCUCCUCAAGCCAGGGUGCUGUUACCCCCAGCCACUUCUGCACACUGCCUUCGCCAGUGAACACAAAGCCACAUUUCAAAGGACACUGACAAAUUAUCCCCAGCUGCCAGAAGGAGAACUCCUCUCUGGACCAGCUUCCUGUUUCCUGUGGGCUGUCGCCUGAUUGGCUGCAAGGAUGAAAGUUUUUGAGUUGGUAGGAGGCCUGAUCUUCUUCGCCGCCAUGUUUGCAGUCUGUUCUGGACAAAGCUCAAUGACUGUACUAUGUUCCAUGGACUGGUUCAUGGUCACAGUCCACCCGUUCAUGUUGAACAACGAUGUAUACGUCCACUUUUAUGAGCUCCACUUGGGUCUAGGUUGUCCUCCUAAUCAUGUUCAGUCCCAUUUCUACCAGUUCACCUACCGGGUUACUGAAUGUGGCAUUAGAGCCAAGGCCGUCUCGGAAGACAUAGUUAUCUACAGCACUGAGAUACACUAUGCUUCUAAGGGCACAUCAUCUCGAUAUGUGAUCCCAGUGUCCUGCGCUGCCCCCAGGCGCUCCCCUUGGCUCACUAAGCCCUAUUCCAUGAGAGUAGCCAAAGAAAGUUCUGCAGUAGCUCAGAAAGGUAAACCAUGCUGUGAGAUGUUAAACUCGUCCAACCAAAGGCCUGUCUGCGAUUGUCCACCUUAUGUCUUCAAUGAAGACCGUACCCAGAAUGCACCUCAGCAAGCAGAGGCCCAGGGGGCCCGUCCGAUGCCAUCACCUCAACUUCCUGCCAUUUCUUCUGAGGACUGGUGUCUUCGCUCCGACGAUCUCAUGGGGCCCAUGUGAUCCUCCAGUCUUGAGUCUUCUGAAGAUUACCUUUUUAGAAUUAGAAUGUAGUGUUUCCUAUUAUCAGAAAAAU